AUGGCAGACACUUUUGACUACAUCAUCGCCGGAGGCGGAACCUGUGGUCCCAUCGUCGCUGGGCGGCUUUCGGAAGAUCCCAACCUGAAGAUCCUCAUACUCGAAGCCGGCCAGGACAGCGAAGAAAUGGACAAUAUGCACAUGGCUGGCGCAUGGACCAUGAAUCAUAAAGGCGACACUGAUUGGAACAUUAUGACCCCUCCACAGGCUGGACUAAACGGUCGCCAAUGCCACGUUCCUCGAGGACGCUUCUUGGGCGGAAGCAGCGGCUGCAACGGCACUAUCUGCGUCAGGGGAGUCAAGCAGGACUAUGACGACUGGGGCUUCCCCGAAUGGAGUGGCGAUGAGAUGUUCCGAGCCAUGAGGAAGUCAGAAACCUUCCACCCGCAAAAGUGGUUUCCCGACGACAAGGCUGCACACGGGUACGAUGGACCCUUGCACAUCGAACCUGCCCCAUGUGGACCUCUUGGAGAUCUGUUCCUCGAGAAUUACAAGUCCAAGGGCCUUCCAUAUCAUCCAGAUAUGUUCAGCACGGGCGAGACAGCAAACGGCUGCGGGCACGCUAUGCGAACUACCUGGCAAGGCUAUCGAACCACGGCCGCAGAUUUUGUCACCAAAGACCACAAACGCAGCAACGUUGUGGUUAAAUGCCAUCGCACUGUCGACAAGGUGAUCCUUGAACGUGGCGCGGACGGCACCCUCGAAGCCAAAGGAGUCGAAGUCGUGGAUGAUCAAGGAAACCGGUCCAAGGUCUUUGCUCGCAAAGAAGUAAUCGUCACAGGUGGUACCUAUGGCUCUCCAGCUAUCCUCCAACGUUCUGGUAUCGGCGGAAAGGAAGACCUAGAAGCACUUGGCAUCCGUUGUCAGAUUGACCUCCCAGGAGUAGGCAAGAACCUGCAAGAUCACCAACUUAUCUUCAUAUACUACGAGCUCAACCAAGCUGGCCUCACCGAUGAUGAAAGAGUCAACCACGACCCCAACGCGUACGAGAACGGAGCGAAGGAGUGGAGGGAAAAGAAAACUGGCUGGUUGGCACAAUUCCCCUUUGGAUCGUUUGCUUUCGCCCGUCUUGAUGAUCGACUUCAGGCAGAGAACAAGGAGUGGCAAAGCUUUGAGAGACCGCCGGGCCGCGAUCCCAUGCAGCUGACCGACACCCAGCCAAACUUGGAAUUCUUCCAUACGAUAUGCUACGGAGGACCUCCUGAGUAUACUGAUAAGCCCGAAGCGGGCCAGUACGCCUUCGCCAUGUGCUGCUUUUUGUGCGGACUGCAGUCCCGAGGCGAAGUGAAGCUGAAGAGUCUCGAUCCUCGCGAAAACCCGAUCGUCGACCACAGAUACCUGUCUGACAAGCGCGAUCUGCUGAUGAUGUCUGAGGGUGUCCGCUUCGCGAAUGAGCUUGUCACAACUGGAGCAGGCACCAAGGAUAAGAUCAAGGGCGCCUGGCCGCCCGGAGCCAAGCACCAUCUCAAUAAAACCAACGAGGACUGGCAGCCGUUUGUGCAGAAAUAUGCUUCCACUUCUUAUCACCCUGGUGGGACGUGCAAGCUGGGCAAGCGUGAUGAUCCAAUGGCUGUCGUGAACGAGAAACUGGAAGUCUACGGAACCAAGGGAUUACGUGUGGUCGAUUGCAGUAUCAUGCCAACUCUUCACAGUGGCCAUACCCAGAUGCCAGCCUACGGUAUCGGAGAGUUAGCAGCGGAAAUGAUCAAAGAGGCCUAUCAGGGUAAGGGUCGUUCGAACGGGGUGAAUGGACAUCACUAA